AUGGUGGCCAAAAUCCUCUACAUUGCCUUCAUCAUCUACACAAUGUCGAUUGUUGAAGCCAAAAUUCCAGGAAUUUACUCUGGUGGCCAAUGGCAAACUGCUCAUGCUACUUUCUACGGCGGAUCUGAUGCUUCCGGCACCAUGGGUGGAGCAUGUGGUUAUGGGAAUUUAUACAGUCAGGGUUACGGAGUGAACACGGCGGCAUUGAGCACUGCUUUGUUCAACAGUGGUCUGAGCUGUGGUGCGUGUUUUGAGAUAAAGUGUGCUAACGACAGAGAAUGGUGUCAUUCGGGAAGUCCUUCCAUUUUAAUCACUGCAACUAACUUUUGUCCUCCUAAUUUUGCUCUUCCAAAUGAUAAUGGCGGUUGGUGUAACCCUCCUCGGCCUCAUUUUGAUCUCGCCAUGCCUAUGUUUCUUAAGAUUGCUGAGUAUCGUGCCGGUAUAGUCCCCGUUGCUUAUCGCAGGGUGCCAUGUAGAAAGCGCGGGGGAAUAAGAUUCACCGUGAAUGGAUUCCGUUACUUUAACCUGGUGCUAAUUAGCAACGUGGCGGGUGCUGGUGAUAUCGUGCGCGCGUACGUGAAAGGAACCCGAACCGGGUGGAUGCCACUGAGCCGAAACUGGGGUCAGAACUGGCAAUCGAACGCGGUUUUGGUGGGCCAGGCUUUGUCUUUCCGUGUCUCGAGCAGUGACCGUAGAUCUUCAACUUCUUGGAACAUUGCUCCUCCUAAUUGGCAAUUUGGUCAAACUUUCACCGGAAAGAAUUUUAGAGUCUAA